UUUUAUUUUCGGUAAUUGAACCACCCUGCACGGACUGCAAUCCAUUCAUACAGGGCAGAAGGAAUUCAACCAUCCAACUUCACCCUCUAUCCAUCCAUCAGUUUAUGAAUGUGUAUCCAUUCGUGGUUCACUUAGACAGGAAGAAAUCAUUAUUUCAAAUUUUUCUACUACAACAAUUGGUCAUAUUGAGCUUGAGAUUCAGAUUUAUUAAUCACAUUGAUUUACUGAAUAUUUUAACUGAGAAUCUAUCAAUUGGACGCGAGCAAAGCUGCUCAUCGCUCAAUCUAUUGAGAACCUUUCAUUAAAUAUUGAUAUUGAGAACUCAGGAAGAACAGGACAUCAGGACAAAAGAAUUGCAAGGAUCUUUGGCGAUCACUUCCAGAUUCCAUCAAUCUAAUUGUGUUUAUUUCCCUGUAACAGAAAUGGCUACCCUUGCUCUUCCUGCCGGUAUUGAGACCGAUGGCGCCGUCCGCCUCUUCAAUAAGUGGUCCUAUGAUGAUGUUGAGGUUAAGGAUAUCUCCUUGAUCGAUUACAUCCAAGUCAAGGCUCCAGUCUACUUGCCUCACACUGCUGGUCGCUUUGCCACUAAGCGUUUCCGUAAGGCUCAGUGCCCUAUUGUUGAGCGCCUCACCAACUCCUUGAUGAUGCACGGCCGCAACAACGGAAAGAAGCUCAUGGCUGUCCGCAUCGUCAAGCACGCCUUCGAGAUCAUCCACUUGCUCUCUGAUCAGAACCCUAUUCAGGUUCUUGUUGAUGCCAUCAUUAACACCGGUCCUCGUGAAGACUCCACCCGUAUCGGCUCUGCCGGUACCGUUCGUCGCCAGGCUGUCGAUGUCUCUCCUCUCCGCCGUGUCAACCAGGCUAUCUCCCUCUUGACCAUUGGAGUAAGUUUUUUUUGUUGCCAUUUUUUCUUGAAUCUGUCUUUUGAGUGAAUCCCAUUGAAGUGACAACUUUCGACAAGUGUAGUGUAUUGGUGUUUGAACACUUGUGCUAUGAACCUAAAAUCAUAUAGUGAGUUGGUUGGGUUUACUGCAUGAUGUGUACCCUUUGAAUACCUAUCACGUUAUUAUUGUCGCAUUGUUGCGUGCUAAAUGGGCACUUUUCUCUCGACGACAGCCCAAGCAUCUCUGUAUAUAACGCGCUUUAUCUAGAUCCAGAGUAAGAGGUUUCGCCCCUUACGGUUACUAACGCCCAUCUCUAUUGCUACCUACUAUAGACUCGCGAGUCUGCUUUCCGCAACGUCAAGUCAAUUGCUGAGUGCCUCGCUGACGAGCUCAUUAAUGCUGCUAAGGGCUCCUCCAAUUCCUACGCCAUCAAAAAGAAGGAUGAGUUGGAGCGUGUUGCCAAGUCCAACCG